CCUUCCUUCUGCUUUCUGUUUCAUUUGUUCUACUCCAGCUUUGUUUCCCUUCCCUUCCUUGCAAGCUCCUUCCUUUGCCCCAUGGCUGCUGCUGGUGGACGCAUGGAUCCCCUGGAGGAAGCCAUUUGCUCCAUCUGCCUGGAUCCCUUUCAGGACCCAGUGAUGAUCACCAGCUGUGGGCACAACUUCUGCAGAGCCUGCAUCACUCAGUGCCAGUGCCUUUGCCCCCAGUGCAGGACCAGGUUCCCCCCCAGCAGCCUCAGGCCCAACAGGGAGCUGGGGAAUGUGGUGCAGGCACUCCUCCAGCUCAAGCUGAGGAGCCUCCAGGAUUCGAACCCAGACCCCAGGAGGAUGUGCAAGAAGCACCAGGAAGUGGCCAAGCUCUUCUGCCUGGAGGACAAAGCCCUCCUCUGCCUGGUCUGCAGGGAGUCCAGGGCCCACAAGACACACUCUGCUCUCCCCAUAGAGGAGGCAGCCCAGGAGUACCAAUAUGAAAUUGAAAAUUUCCUGAAAAUACUGACAGAUAUAAAAGAGAAAACCCUGAAGGCAAAAUCAUGUCAUGAGAAAAAAAUUCAGCAACUGAAGAGAGAUGUGGGAUAUGCCUGGCAGCGCAUUGCAUUCAGAUUUCCAAAGCAAGAAGCCAAGACUUUGGUGCCCCUGCUAGACACAUGCGAAACCAAAAUGGAUCAGAUUGUUGACUUUGCGGAGCGUGGUCCCUGCCUGACCAAGUUGAUUGGUGAGAUAGAAGACAAGUGUGGGCAGACAUCCUUCGCAUUCUUGCAGGACAUUGGUGAUUUACUGAGCAGAUGUGAGAAAGAAAUAGAAAAACCCAGACCCAAUCUGAAUGAGAUAAUUAGAUUCGUCACCGAACAAAUGAAGCUGGUUCACACCAAGUUGGCUCAAUUUCCAGAGAAACCAUCAAAGCCAACAUGGAUAAAAGAAAACGUGAUGCUGGAUCCAGAAACAGCCCAUCAUCGGUACAUCGUGUCUCAAGAUCUGAAAAGUGUACAUUGGGCAAAAAGCCGUCAGGAUCUGCCCUACAGUUCCAAAAGAUUUGAGGGUACUCGCUGUGUGCUUGGAAGGAAGGGCUUCACCUCAGGAAAACAUUAUUGGAUAGUGGAUGUAGAGAGUGAAGGAUACUGGGCAGUAGGUGUAGCCCAAGGAUCUGUGGACAGGGAGGAGAAACUUGAUAUUGAACCAGAUUCGGGAAUCUGGGCUCUGGCACGUUAUAAUGAUCAGUACAAAGGUCUUACAUCACCACCUACCCUUCUGGAUCUAAACUAUUAUCCAGUAGAGAUCCGGGUGUAUCUGAACUAUGAUGAUGGAACAGUGGAUUUUUAUGAUGAAGAUAUGACCCGUCUCUUUAUUUUCCAGUCAAUUGAUUUUCAAGGGGACGAAGUCUUCCCUUUUUUCCGGAUUUUUAAGCCAUCGUCUUCUCUACGCCUAUGUUAAAUGUAAAAUGUGGAUUGCGUUUGUUGUGCUGGAUACCCAGCUAUGCCCAGCUGGAAGUUCUGAACAGGACACACCUAUUCAUUCUGUCUUAAGAUACCUUCGCAGGCUGGCACUUCCACUCCAUUAUGAUAUCUCUGUUUUUCCCUUCAACAUAAGAGCAAGGUGCAUUGAGCUCCCUGCACUGAUUUUUUAAUCAAAUAUAGCAGAGUAGUGUUGAGUAGGUUUUACUGCAAGAAAACUCUUGUAUUGUGAAAGUAAUGAGGUUUCUCUGGGGAAAAGUGAAAUAUGCAUCCAAUAAAUCAUAGAAAAAGGAACCAUAGCUAGAAAUAAACCAAUCAAGUGCAAGCAAAAACUGGCAAAGCAAUCGAACAAAUGUAACAAGUUCUGUAUUAACUAAAAGUCAAAGGAGAUUAAAUGAAAUAAAAAUGGA